UUAGUCGUUAUUAAUUAUUGUGCUCGUUUCUAAGAACGUUGUUAAUUUGUUAUAUUUCAAGUUUAUCAAUUAGUUUGCUUUCUUAAAUUGCGGCAUUCAUAUCACGAUUGUACAACAGUCAAUAUAAAUUUAAGUCAGAUACUAUUUAGGAAAAUGGCAGGACCACUACCUUUGCUAUCAGAGGAACCGGCUUAUCAAAAGCUCCAACAAUUUUACAAUGCUGAGGGCAAAAAUAUUAAUAUGAAGGAACUCUUUGCACGGGAUCCCAAUCGCUUUAACAAAUAUAGCCUUCGCCUUAAGACCCCCAAUGAUGGCGAGAUUUUGAUUGACUACUCAAAGAAUCGCACCACUGAAGAUGUGUGGCCCUUGCUGUUUGACUUAGCGAAAGCACGCAAGGUAACCGAAGCGCGCGAUGCCAUGUUCGCUGGACAGCCUAUCAAUAUUACAGAGAACCGUGCAGUACUUCAUGUAGCCCUACGAAAUCGUGGAAAUGAACCAAUUCUUGUCGAUUGCGCUGAUGUUAUGCCAUUGGUGCGCGGGGAAUUGUCGCACAUGAAGGAAUUCACCAAUCAGGUCAUUUCGGGUGUAUGGCGUGGAUGCACUGGCAAACAAAUCACCGACGUGGUGAAUAUUGGCAUUGGUGGUUCUGAUUUGGGACCGUUGAUGGUGACUGAAGCCCUAAAACCAUACUGCAAAGGUUUGCGUUCCCAUUUCGUGUCGAAUAUUGAUGGAACACAUAUGGCAGAAGUUCUGAAGCGCGUCAGCUAUGAGACGACACUGUUUAUUAUUGCAUCAAAAACAUUUACCACACAGGAGACAAUAACUAAUGCCACCUCUGCAAAGAGCUGGCUGUUGGAGCAGGCCAAAGAUCCCGCGGCUGUUGCUAAGCAUUUUGUAGCUUUAUCUACCAACAAGGAGAAGGUGACCGCAUUCGGUAUUGAUAGUAAAAAUAUGUUUGGAUUUUGGGAUUGGGUUGGAGGACGUUACUCUCUAUGGUCUGCCAUCGGCUUAUCGAUUUGUUUGUCGAUAGGCUUCGAAAAUUUCGAGCAAUUGCUUGAAGGUGCUCACUUCUUAGAUAAUCAUUUCAGAACAGCACCUCUGGAGGAAAAUGCUCCUGUAAUUUUGGCUCUAUUGGGUGUUUGGUAUUCGAACUUCUUUAAUGCCGAGACGCACGCUUUACUCCCUUAUGAUCAAUACUUACAUCGCUUUGCCGCAUACUUUCAGCAGGGUGAUAUGGAGAGCAAUGGAAAGUUUGUGACCAAAACCGGUUCUAAAGUUGUCACGUACAAUACUGGUCCAAUUGUGUGGGGUGAACCCGGCACCAAUGGACAACAUGCGUUUUACCAACUGAUCCAUCAGGGCACUCGAUUGAUACCCUGUGAUUUCAUUGCACCAGCACAAACACACAACCCAAUAGCUGGUGGCGUACAUCACAAAAUUUUGUUGGCAAAUUUCUUGGCUCAGACUGAAGCUUUGAUGCAAGGUAAAACAGCAGCACAAGCGCGUUUGGAACUUGAAGCCGCGGGUAUGUCUGGCGAGAAAUUAGAAGCUUUAUUACCACACAAAACAUUCACCGGAAACCGACCAACAAACUCAAUUGUAGUGAAAAAAGUGACACCAUUCACUUUGGGUGUUCUUAUUGCAUUAUACGAACACAAAAUAUUUACACAAGGCAUCAUCUGGGAUAUCAACUCUUUUGAUCAAUGGGGUGUGGAAUUGGGCAAACAAUUGGCUAAGGCAAUCGAGCCGGAAUUAGCCACACCAAACGACAUAACUACACACGAUGCGUCUACAAAUGGACUAAUUAAUUUCCUAAAAGCAAAUUGGUAAAUCAUACUUGACAGUUUUAUGUAACAUGUUCCAGCCGAGGUACAAGAUGACCCCAAGCAGUUCAAAGCACAAAUGCAAGCCAUCCCACUAAAGUUGUGUAAAAAAUUAGAAAAUAAUAAAAUUACGUUUCCACCAAAUUGAAUUGCUUAAUUCCAUUAAUUAAAACUUACUCAAGUUUAAUAAUUUCUUAGUCACUACAAUGCUUAUAAUUGUGAAUGCAAAUUGAAUUUAAAUUUAUUGAUUAAAACAAAGCACUUACCUUUAUUGCAAAAUUUAGGUUUUGUUAAAUUAUAUCGUCAGCUAUUGUUAAUUGAUUACUAUACUUCUAAAAGGUCGAAUAUGACAUACUCAGCAUGCCGAUAAAGUACUAGUAACUGUUGUACUCUAUGUAUAUUUAAAAGAUAAAUAUAUUCGAUGUUAGAUGGAUAAUUAUUA